AUGCAUACAUUUUGUCCUCCACCGUGGUCCUCCCCGCUCUUCGGCCAAACGGCGAACAUCUUCGGCCGACGAUGGCUGAUGAUCAUCUCGGUGGUUAUCUUUGCGGUGGGAAGCGCCAUCGCCGGAAGUGCCAAUACCACCACGGCAAUCAUCGCCGGACGAGCGAUCCAAGGGAUUGGGGGCGGAGGCAUCAACAUUCUCGUGGACACCGUCAUCUGUGAUCUGGUGCCCCUUCGCCAGAGGGGGAAGUAUGUGGUACUCAUGGCCUCGGUCUGGGCUGUAGGAACCACCAUUGGCCCGGUUCUUGGUGGUGCCUUUGCGCAGUAUGUCUCCUGGCGCUGGGUCUUCUACAUUAACUUGCCCCUGUGCGGUGUGUCGCUUUUUCUGCUCGUACUCUUCCUUCGUGUUAACCAUCCGCCCCGACCACCCAACACAACCCUCGGGCAACAGUUCGGGCGCGUGGAUCUACUGGGCAAUACCAUCCUCACCUUGGCUGUGGUGGCCAUUCUGCUGGCAUUGACCUGGGCGGGAACUGCCUACCCCUGGUCCUCGGGGCGGAUUUUGGUGCCUCUGUUUCUUGGAUUUGCGGGCCUGGUCCUCUUCUGCAUCCACCAAGCCUCGCGCUUCUGUCGGGAUCCUUCCAUCCCGCUCCAGCUCUUCUCCAGUGCAACCGCUCUCUGUGCCCUCUGGCUCUCCUUCCUUCAGAACCUGCUCCUCUACUGGGUGGGCUAUCUCCUGCCCGUCUAUUUCCAGGCUCUCUGCAGCCUGUCCGCCACUGCUUCCGGCCUUGCUGUCCUCACCAUCACAGCAGCCAUUGCAUCUUUCGGCGUGAUCACCGGCGUUUUGAUCGCAAUGCAGGGGAAAUACCGCCCCUUCCACUUCCUGGGGUAUCUUUGUGUGACAAUCGGGGUCGGCUUGUUCUCUGUCCUCAAUAAUAACUCCCCCGCCCGGGACUUGGCCGGUUUCCAGGUUCUCUUCGGGGUUGGGUUGGGUAUGAUCUUCUCCUCCACCUCGCCGCCUAUCCAGGCUGUUCUACCAGAGUCCGAGGUAGCGACGGCGACGGCGACGUGGGCAUUCGUUCGGAGUCUGGGGUGUAUCUGGGGCAUUGCGAUUCCGACAUCCAUCUUCAAUACGAGAGUGCAACGGAUGCUCAGCGUCGUGAGUGAUCUCACAUUGAGAGAGAGGUUGGCAAAUGGAGGCGCGUAUGCUUUGGCCGCGGAGGGGUUGAUUAAAAGCCUCAAAGGUCAGGCGAAGCUGCAGAGUGAGGUCUUGAGGUUGUACGAGGAUGGAUUGCGUUGGGUAUGGUGGAUGGCGGUUCCAUUCGGUUUCACUGGGCUCUUGUUGUGUUUCCCUGUUCGCGAGGCAAAGCUGAGAGAAGAAUUGGUGACCGAGUUUGGCUUCCGAGAGUGA